UGUUCGACAUUUUGAUUGCCGUUGAUUGCCGCCGUGUAGCAUCGAUUUCGUGAACAGCGCAGCGACCGUGCAUAGGACACCCGCUAGAUCACGGCCCGAUCGGCAUUUCCCAUUCCUGGGGCAGAUCUUUCUGAGGAACAUGAAAAAGAUGUUGAGAAUGUUUACGGACAUGAAUGGGCUUGGCGGCCUGCUUUUGGUGGUGAUCGUGCUCAUGGCUUUGGUGUUUGCCUCGGCGAGAUUUGACUAUGUAAUAAGUGUUUCGUCUCUCUACCAUGGUACCAGCGGUACUAACCGCUUCGCGCAGAUCUUGACGUCGGACAAAGGCACCGAGGAAGGCGUCGGCGGUGAGGAGGAUUCGACGUAUGCUUUUUAUGCGAGCAAGAGAAGGAGGGCUUCCAGUAAGUAUUUCUCAAUGUUAUGGCGAUCCAGUAUUCGUUUUACUUUCUUACAUUGGAGUCAGGUGCGAAGCAUGUUAAAUUCAAUAAUUGAAGGUCAUCCGGCCGGAGAUCUUGUGCUUGUCAACAUUUUCGCGAAGGCCGGAUGCUUUGAUCGCACGGCGAUGCCAUUAUCUUCUUCCCUUAUUCGGGGACAACAGCGAACAGCCUGGCGGAUCGUGCUCGGCAUUCCUAGAGUGUUGCGACCAGUUCAGUCGUUUAUAAGUAUUGUUUUGGAUCAUUCGUAGGCUUGGAUUUCUCCGUUGCUCACAGAAGAGAACUUGCUCUUCAUUCUGAUGCAACUGAUUGUCAGGGCGUUUAUGGAGUGUAUGUAUUGUGUCCAUAUCCAAAUAUCAACCAUACGUUCCAUGAUGGCGGUUCUGUGAAC